GCCCAGAUUUGUAAAUGCAUCAAAUGUGGUGAAUUCAGGCCACGACUGCAUGCUUGUCUCUCCUGCAUCUACUUUGGUUGUUAUGGCAAAAGGCACAUUCACGAGCACUCUGAAGACAGAAAGCACCACAUAGCCAUUGAUGUGUCAUUUGGUACAGUAUUCUGCUUUGUAUGCGGGGACUAUGUCUACGAUUCACAGCUGGAGGAGAUUGCCAGAAUCCAGAGCCAGGCGGCAACUCAGUCACUGGGUCUUCGCCAAAGAUUUUUUCCGUGGGAGCCAACAGAGGAGGAGAUGAUCCUGCUGCGAUGUAACCCCAAACGUCGACGAGUCACAGAAUCGUCUCACAUUGGUCUCCGAGGUCUGAUCAACCUGGGCAACACUUGCUUCAUGAACUGCAUCCUGCAGUCGCUGGCACACACGCCCAUACUGCGAGAUUAUUUCAUGGCAGACAAGCAUGCCUGUCAGAAGGCAGAUGAGUCUCAACAGUGCCUUGUUUGUGAGAUGGCACGCUUGUAUCAAGAGUUUUACUCUGGAUCUCGAACGCCUUACAUCCCAUACAAACUGCUACACUUGGUGUGGACUAAUGCCCGACACCUGGCUGGCUACGAACAACAGGACGCUCAUGAGUUUCUCAUUGCUGCCCUGGAUGUGCUGCAUAGGCACUGUAAAGAAAUGAAUGGGGUCAGUGACAGCAACCCCCAUCAGUGUAACUGCAUCAUCGACAGAAUUUUCACUGGUGGACUGCAGUCUGACGUCACAUGUAAGCGCUGCAACAAUGUCUCUACAACAAUAGAUCCCAUAUGGGACAUAUCCCUGGACCUGGGGCCUGGAUCCCUGCAUUGCUCUCCUGCUCUUCCUGUAGCCAUCACGGUCACAGAGACACACAACCCCGGCAUCACCAGUGGUCCCGUGUCUAUCUCUACCUCACAGUCUUCCACCACCGAACUGCCCCAUUCCCCAACUCCAGGUUUCACCAACAGUCCCGGCAACUAUGAACCUACCUCACUUGUGGAAUGUCUCAAAAGAUUUACAAAGACAGAACACCUGGGCAACUCUGCCAAGAUCAAGUGCAGCAAAUGUCACAGCUACCAGGAGUCUACUAAACAGUUGACCAUGAAGAAACUGCCGAUUGUUGCAUGCUUUCACCUUAAGCGAUUUGAGCAUUCCACCGGCUACCAUAAGAAGAUCUCCACAUUUGUGUCUUUCCCCGAGGAGCUGGACAUGACCCCGUUCAUGUCAUCCUCUCGAACCAGCAACACUAGCUUCAGCAGCCAGGGGGCCGCCGGCACUUCCCCAAACAUUUGCUGUGAUAACAAGUACUCGCUGUUUGCCGUAGUCAACCAUUACGGCACCAUUGAGUCUGGGCAUUACACAUGCUACAUCAGGUCCAUCCGGGAGCAGUGGUACCGCUGUGAGGACCAUCUCAUCAAACGGGCAACUGCCGGAGAGGUGCUCAACAGUGAAGGGUAUUUGCUCUUCUAUCACAAGCAGGUCUUGGAAUAUGAGUGA